AAGGUUGAGCACAUUGUUCCAUGGCGGCACAGUUUGUUUCACGUAGUAAUGAAUGAAGUUUAGCUCGAAAAGGUAUAUAGUGAAAAAGCACACCGUAAACAUAACGCCACAGAGAGAAAGCGGGACUGUGACGUUAUUCUGCGCGCUAUAUAAGGACUUCGUUUUAUCUGAGUGCAUAGACCAGGACAAAGAUGGCUGGAAUUCUGUUUGAGGAUAUCUUUGAUGUAAAGGACAUCGAUCCUGAUGGCAAGAAGUUUGACAGAGUGUCUCGUCUACAUUGUGAAAGUGAAUCUUUUAAGAUGGACCUCAUCUUGGAUGUGAACAUUCAGAUCUAUCCUGUUGAUCUUGGUGACAAGUUCCGACUGGUUAUUGCCAGCACGUUAUAUGAAGACGGAACACCAGAUGACGGAGAGUACAAUCCUCAGGAUGACCGGCCAUCAAGAGCGGACCAGUUCGAUUAUGUGAUGUACGGAAAAGUUUACAAGAUUGAGGGCGACGAGACUUCAACGGAAGCAGCCACACGCCUCUCUGCCUAUGUGUCUUACGGUGGCCUCCUCAUGAGGCUGCAGGGAGACGCCAACAACCUUCACGGCUUUGAGGUGGACUCCAGAGUCUACCUCCUCAUGAAGAAACUGGCCUUCUAAAACCCAUCUCUGUUCCCCUACUCAGCCUGGUCUUUCCACUGCCACAGUCACAGCCGUGCUGAACUACACACUGAGAUAAUUCAUUUUCCCAGGUUUGGUGCAGAGGCCCAUCUCCAAGAGCAACUCGCGGACGGAAGUCAUUGAUUUUGAGGAAAACAUGUUUAGUUUUUUAUUAUCGUAGUUUAAAAUGUUUCUUCUAAGGAGAUGGACUACAGACUAAAGACUGUGAUAUUUGCUGCAACCUCAAUCUGCUGGCAAACUGUAAAUAAAGAUGACUUUUAUACAAAAUGA